AUGUUAAACUACGAUCUGACUCCUGCACGUUGUGUGCUUCCAUUAUACUUCAAUUUUCUUAUGAUCGAUCACGAUAUUGGCCAAUGGAAUAAUCUCUCCAGAGGUUCAGAAGCUCUCGUCCAAGAACGAGGCCCCAUAGGAUUCUCGUCUGACUUUGAUAGAGCGAUGCUUGAGUCGCAACGAGCUUUCUUUAUGAUUCAGGAUCUGUCUGCCGGGCGGGAUUGUUUCCUUGCCGAGCCUCAAUGGCGAGCACUCUUCAAAGCUGGCAAGAGAUCAUCCGAUAACUCAGUCCCAUGCAUCUCUCUCCGAAACCAACUAUGCGACUUCCUCGUGGACUUACCCGGCCUUACAUCAAAUAUUACCGCAUUUGUGGCCCGAGUUUCCGCUGCCCCAGAGCAAGACUACCGGGCUCAUGCCCUAAGCCUCCUAUCCAGGGUUAUGUCUUUCAAACACGAUUUUGAACUCUGGUAUCAAGUGAACAUUGACGUGCUGCACCAAAGCGACAGCCCUUUCUGGUCUCACCCCAAGCCGCGCGAUUAUCCAGAAAGGAUUGCGUCUGGGCUAACAGCGCAUCCUCACUAUCAAGGUGUCCUUUCGGCCGUCCUGUAUUGCAUCAGCAAUUCAAUCCUGAUUCAGUUGGACAAGCUCAUCAUAUCUGUACAGCAGGCAUGCAAGUCUGGCGAUGGCCCUUACUUAUUCAAGGUGAAUAAGGAAACAUAUGUUCAGCAGCAGCGGAGAGCUCGAAGGGCUUUCAACUUUGUGAAAGGCAGAUCGAAUGUUGCCUCGAAGCCUCUGGCGCAUGGGUUACGUCAAUUUUGGUCGCAAGAUGAAUGA